AUGAAAUUAUAUAUUGAUCUACUUUUAAAGCCCUUUCAACACUUAAUUAACUAUAGAUGGGGAUUUGCAGUGUCAGGAGGAUGUGAUAGUAUGGCACUCUGCUUAUUAUUUCAAAAUAUGGCAAAUAGAAUAUAUACUUUUACAGUUGAUCAUCAAUUACGGCCUAAAAGCAGGGAAGAAGCUGAAGAAGUUCAUAAGAAAAUGACCCAAAUGGGAUUUCAACAUAAAAUAUUGACAAUUGCUUGGCCAAAAGAUAAAUAUUUUAAAGGUUCAUUAGAAGCGCUUUUACGGGAUCAAAGAUAUACCCUUUUAACACAAGAAUGCUUAAAUAAUGAUAUAGGUGUGCUUUUUUUAGGUCAUCAUUUAAAUGAUCAGAUAGAAACAGUGUUGAUGAGACUCAUAAGAAAAAGUGGAUCAAGUGGAUUAGCCGGUAUGCAAAAGAUUUCAUCGAAUCCUAUGAUAGGAAGAGUAAAAGAUUCUGAAAAAAUACUAAUUUGUCGGCCUUUUCUUGAUAUUCCUAAAAUUGUUUUAAAAAGUGCAUGUGAAAAAUAUGGUUUGACAUGGUUUGAAGAUCCAACAAAUGCUUUGAUGAAUAUAUCAAAAAGAAAUGCUAUUCGAGCAUUGUUUCAAAAACCUGAACAAUUACCUAAAGCUUUGAGACCAUAUAAUAUAUUACACUUGGCAAACAUUAUGGCAGUGAAAAGGAUGGAGAUUUCAGAAAAAGUGAAACAAUUAUUAACUAAGACUCAUAUUACUUUUUCUGAGAUGACUGGGUCACUAGAUGUUAUUUGUGAUAUGGAUAUUUAUGAUGAAAACAUUGCAACUUUAUCAAAAUGGUUGGGACACCUUGUUUUUAUUGUUUCGCCUUUAUCUAGACAAAGGAUAUCUGUUGUUCGACGAAUAGUUAUUGAUUUAUUUGAGGAAAAGCUUGUAAAAACAAAACAAUAUACGGUUGGUGGUGUUUUAAUACAUACUACACGACAUUUUCAGGCACUUUUUAUGCAAUUGAGUCGCCAACCUUACGAAAAAAGUAUGAAGGAACGUUUUGCUGUAUUUCUUCAAUCAUCUAGUUUCUCAAAUCCCCAAAAUACAUGGAUAUUAUGGGAUGGACGUUGGUGGAUUCGAAUUCUCUCAAAAAAUAAUGAAAUUAUGCAAUUCAAAGUAAGACCCUUAAUGGAAUCAGAUAUGAAAUUGUUGUAUUCAAUGAUUUAUGCAGCCGAUUCAUGUAAUAGGAAGAUGAUGUUAGAUUCUUUGAAAACGAUAAAAGGAUACGCCAGGUUUACAGUUCCUCUUGUUGAAACUAAGAUCAGAAUUAUUGGAUUGCCAACAUUGGGAAUAAUAUUUGAUUAUACUUUUAUUAUUGAAACAAAAUUUAAAAUAGAUAUAUCAACAUAUCUUAAUUGCAUAAUAUAA